AUGUCGACAGAGGGGUCAGACAGCGUCACCAGCUCCCAGAUCAGGCGCUUCGGUUUAUACAGGACUAUCGAUGCGAAAACCGAGGAGUUCCUCCGGCUGUCGAGGAAGCGUCAAAUGAAGCAGGGAUGCGCGUGCGCAGCCAUUUCCACAACGAUCACCGUUACCAUUGUAGUUAUAGUUCUACUAAUCUACGAGUAUAUGAUUGCUGUAGAAACGGGUUUUGUACAGGAAAGAAAAGAUUUCAAUAUAUCUAGAUAUUUAAAAAAAGAUCUCCCAAUAGCGGACAGACUGGACAGAAAUUAUUUUGGUUUCGAUCAAGAUUACUUUGAAAGAAUGCCACUUCUUAUCAAUGCUUUGCAAGAAGUCAGCCACACCGAAACAGAAACUCGUACUCGUAGUCCGAGAAGAAAAUUGUUUUCGAAAAAAAACUCUGUAAAGACUCGAACUACAACCCCUGUAAAUAAAUUUAUAAGAAAAACUAGUCCCAGACCUUUUAUAAUUGAAUAUAGAAGUCCAUAUCCAACGCCUUUUACAAAAGCAGACGCGAAACCGAGAAAUUGGUACGAAGAAUACCGUAACGCUCAGAGAUUAAAAAACCUCCAAAAUAUAGUGAAAUAUUUAGAAAAGACCUUAAAUGCAAAAUUUGGGGAUAUUUAUCUGCCAUCUAGUUCUCAAAUAACAUUUUCAGAAAUGUACUUAGGCUCUUUUGAAAACAAAAAUGCUGAUGCUAAACUAAGUCAAGAAUCACGUACUCCAAAAUAUGAAGGAAAAUUAAAUCAUCAGUCCGACCCUUUGUAUUUUUAUAAACCAAAUAGUCCAGGAGAAAUAAAUUUGCUAGCUGAUGGCUUCAGAUUCGCUCCAACGUUCCAUACAAGACUUAAUAAUGAACAAAAUAGACAAACGAAACAUUCAGAAAAAUCGAAACCAAGCUGCAAGAAUAUCGAAUGUAUUAUCGCUAGUAAAAAAUUUAUUAAAAUCGAUAAGCUUGUAAAUUCUGAAGAAGUGACUAAUACAGUUCCACCAAAAUUUAAUAAUAAACUAAAUCAGGUGCACUGGAUACCUGUCAAUAGAGAUCAAAGUACAGAAAGUACACAUCAUAAAUUUAAUUCGGAUGAAAUUUAUAUAACAACAUCAAAACCUGUUUUUCAAUUCAGAAAAAAGACUACAAUACCCGGUAAACGAUUUUCUUACAGAAGUAGAAAGAGACCAACAUAUUCGAAAGGAAGGUAUACAAACAAAUAUAUAUCGUCAUCUUUCAAUGAUGAUUAUGCGACAAUACAAAACUAUAAUUCUUACACCACGACAAAGAAUUUCGACAAUGAGAUACCAGUGACGCACAACAAUAACAACUUUGAUACAACCACGACUGGUACAAUUGUUAACCCAACUUUAGGAAACAUACAUCCUAUUAUUUAUCCACAGUUAAACUAUUCAAAUAUUGAAGAUUACCAUCUGGGAAGUUCAGGUGUGAUUCCUGUUGAAUAUCGACAACCAGCCAUAUAUCCUAUAGUUACACCCAUAGUACCUUCAACUGAUCUUUUAAUUCCUACAGUAGCUACGACUACUAAUCCACCAGAGAUCAUUAAAUUUAGUCCAGAAGACGCUAAAGUACCAGAUCAUUACUAUAAUGUACAAAGGUCAGAUGUACAGGAAGUAACAGAAAGCGAUAUUAACUAUCCAGACAGUACUGAAGUCAUAAACAAUGAAAAUGAAUCAAAUACACUUGUGGUAAAAUUAAGAAACAUGGUUGAAUCGACUUCGAGAGGAACAGACUUCAGAGAAGUAACAACAGAUAUUGUUGAAUCGGAGAACGAAGAAGAUGCGCAUACAACGAUAUCAACAUAUGUUCCUCAAAUAAAUGGACAUUAUCGACACAUAAAAAAUAAAAAUUUAAAAAUACUGUUGCAAGAAAAUUCGGAAAAGUAUAGAAAAAAGCGAAUCGAGAGCUUAACGACACGAAAUCCGACAUACGUUCCCAUGUACGUGGAAAUACGAAGAAGCAGAAACCGUACAGAUAGUGACCACAAUUGAGGCAAAAUAAUAAAAAAAUAGGUGCAGAAAUAUUUUCGACGACCCACCGAUUUUAUUUUUAUUCUGUAACAUUUUUGCUAACGAAAAUAUUCUGUUUGUUGUUGUUUCUUUUUGGAGUUGACUUUAAUCGCUAAAAUCAGUUCAAUACUUACAGUAAACCUUAAAGUUUUGAAGAUACGUGUAAAUCGCGGAAAUCGGAAUAGGUCUCUUAUUUCUGCGGUGCCAAAAUUAUAAAAAAAAAAAUCUAACUUACCUACCAGUUUGGUCACUCACGAAAAUAUAUAAAUAAUUAGAAUUUUAAA